GUGUUGGUGUGUUGAAUAACUUUCUACAAAAUAAAAUACCAUUGUUCCUGUGGGAGCAUGGUAUUAUGUACAGUUGAUCUAUACAUGUAUCAACUACAACAAUUACUGUAGGAAGCAUAACUAGCCAGAAAAACUGUUUGUAGCUAGUGAAAGAAUGGAUAACAUCCAAGAGCCACCACCAUCAUAUGAGUUCAUUACAAGAGAGCUUAUGAAAUUGUCAGACCAGCCACCACCUUACGAGGCCCAUGUAGAUAAACAAAGGGGCGUGAACUCAACACAGAAUGGGCGUGGCAUUACAGACAUCAAUAUUCUAAGAGUUGAGUACGAGGCCACCCGCAUCCAACCAGAGAGGAUGAUCAUAGUGUCGCUAGUGACAACGCUAGUGUGUCUGCUAUUGUGCUCAUGGAUGUGUAGUUUGGGUGCCCUGUAUUUGAGUCACGAGGCACUGAAGUCCAAGCACAAUGGAGAACACAAAAGGGAGAGAACACUAGUACGCUACGUCACUGUGCUCAACAUCUUCUCUCUUGCGUCCGGCGUGGUGAUUCUUAUUACCAUGAUUAUCGUCAUGGUGGACCUACCGAAACUACACUAGAUAUUAUUAUGUCAAUAAAUUAGGCUUAGGAAGCCUCUCACUUGUAUACCGUGCAUGUGAUGCGAAAAACACAUUCCAUAGUCAUAUUACAGCUGAUUGCUUCCAUAACGGUGGACCUACUAAAACAGUACCAGGUUAUGCACAUGAUACUUAAACGGUUCACAUCUCA